UAUUGUUAGAACUUUCAACCAAUGAGUAGAAUGGUUGUGAUUUGCUCCUGAGCAUUGCUCCUGAGGCUUCACUUUCGACGGCAACAAAGAAGGUAUCAGGAAAUGCACAGCGGAAACUUUGAAGUGUUUCUGAGUUUCAGAGGGAAAGAUACGCGUGCUUCUUUCACUUCGCAUCUCCACACGGCUCUUCAGAAUGCAGGAAUCUUUGUUUUCAAGGAUGAGGAGUCACUUCCACGGGGAAAGCAAAUUUCACCCUCUUUGAGUCUAGCCAUCGAAGAGUCUCGAAUUUCUAUAGUUGUUUUCUCAAAAAAUUAUGCAGAGUCGUGGUGGUGUUUGAAAGAGUUGGAAAAAAUAAUGGAAUGUCACAAAACCAAAGGGAAUGUGGUACUACCAGUGUUUUACGACGUUAAACCCUCUGAAGUACGUCAUCAAAGAGGCGACUUUGAGAAAGCAUUUCAACGUCUUUUGAGCAAUUUUUCGAUAGAGGAAGAGAAAAAGGUCCUGGAUUGGAAACAGCUUUGGUGGAAGACUCUUCGUGAGAUUUGUGACAUCUCAGCUGUUGAAAUCAUAUUUUCCAGUAAUAUUGAAAGGAGAGACAAACUCGACAACCAAUGGAAAAAGACACUUCUUGAGGUUGUUCAGAUCUCAAAGAUUUUAGACUUAAAUCCAAGGGGGAAAAUGAAGAUUGCUGAUAGUAUAGAGUCCAUCGUGAGGCAGUGCAAGGACGGACUUUUUAAAGUAGCUAACAUCCCAUUUAGAAAAGAGAAGGUUGACGUGGAUUUCCUCGUGAAGCAAUGGAGGGAAGUAUUUUGUGAGCCUGUUAGCAUCUCAGAGGUUGAAUUACGAGAUCCAUGGGAGGCACUGUUUGAGGCCGCUGGCAUCUCAGGGGACGCAGUCUUGAAUUCCGGCGGAGGAAUGGAGAUUAGUAAUGCGAUACAACUCCACAUGGAACAUUGGAGGGACGCAUUUUCUGAGGAAGCUGGUACCCACUUAGAUUCCAAUAAUUUACGUUCUCUACGGGAGAUGGUUGAUUCUGAGAUAUGGUGCCUCCGGGAUCAUUGGCGGGAGAAAGUUCGUGAGGCUUAUGGUAGAUAUGGGGAUAACCAACUAUAUUCCAGGAGAAAAAUUGACAUAGAACUCCACUUGGAGAAUUGCACUAAGGCUCUUCAAGCGGCUAUUGCCAUCCCAAGAAAAGCAGUCUCUAUACCAAGUUUUCAAAAGCUGAAGACUUACAAUGGGAUAGAGAGCCUUGUAGAACAUUGGAAGAUCGCACUCCAUGAGGCUGCUGAAAUUUCGAGGUUGGUACUCCAGCACUACAGAGGAAUAACGGAUAAUGAGAUAAAGUACAUCGAGAAGCAUGCUAGGGACGCACUUCGUGAGGCUGCUGGCAUCUCCGGGGUUGUAAUCCUCAAUUCUAGGAAUGAAAGUGAGGCUGUGAAAGAUAUUGUUAAAAAUGUUACAAGUUUGUUGGACAAGACAGAGUUCUUUGUUGCCAAGAAUCCUGUUGGAGUAGAAUCUCGAGUGCAGGAAAUGGUUCAAUUGCUAGAACAAAAACAAUCAAACGAUGUUCUAAUACUUGGGGUAUGGGGGAUGGGAGGCAUUGGAAAAACAACUAUUGCAAAAGCAAUUUACAAUAAGAUUGGGCGAAAUUUUGAGGGAAGGAGUUUCCUUGCAGAUAUUAGGGAGGUUUGGGGGCAAGAAGCUGGCCACGUUUGUUUACAAGAACAACUUCUAUUUGAUAUCCACAAAGAAAACAGUACAAAGAUACAUAACACUGAAUCAGGAAAAGUUAUACUAAGAAAAAGACUUCAGGGUAAAAGGAUACUUCUUAUACUUGAUGAUGUAAAUAAAUUACAGCAAUUAAAUGAUUUGUGUGGAAAUCGUAAAUGGUUUGGUUCAGGGAGUAGAAUAAUCAUCACAACCAGAGACAUACAUUUACUUAGAGGGAAAAGAGUUGAUCAAGUUUUCGCAAUGACAGGAAUGAAUAUAGAUGAAUCUAUUGAGCUUUUUAGUUGGCAUGCAUUCAAACAAGCAAGUCCCAAAGAAGAUUUUAUGGAACUUUCAAGAAACGUAGUUGCUUAUGCUGGGGGCUUGCCACUUGCUCUUGAAGUCCUUGGGUCGUAUUUGUUUGAUAUGGAGGUAACAGAAUGGAAGAGUGUAUUGGAAAAACUUAGGAAAAUUCCUAACGAUGAAGUACAGGAGAAAUUAAAAAUAAGCUAUGAUGGUUUAAGUGAUGAUACUGAGAAAGGAAUUUUCCUUGAUAUAGCAUGUUUCUUUAUAGGAAAGGAUCGAAAUGAUGUUAUACAUAUAUUGAAUGGUUGUGGACUUUUCGCUGAAAAUGGAAUACGUGUCUUGGUGGAGCGAAGUCUUGUAACUGUGGAUGAUAGGAACCAACUUGGAAUGCAUGAUUUGCUACGGGACAUGGGAAGGGAAAUUAUUCGUUCAAAAUCUCCAAUGGAGCUCGAGGAGCGUAGCAGGUUAUGGUUUCAUGAGGAUGUGCUUGAUGUGUUAUCAAAAGAAACUGGAACAAAAUUUAUUGAGGGAUUGACUUUGAAGUUACCUAGAAGUAAUACAAAAACUCUGUGCACUAAAGCAUUUGUGAACAUGAAGAAACUCAGGUUGCUGCACCUUUCUGGUGUAGAACUUGUUGGAGAUUUUGAAUAUCUUUCCAAAGACCUGAGAUGGCUUUGUUGGCAUGGAUUUCCUUUUUCCUUCAUACCAACAGGCUUUUAUCAAGGAAGUCUAGUUUCUAUAGAGUUAGAAAACAGUAAGAUUACCAUGGUGUGGAAAGAGACUCAGCUGAUUGAGACGUUGAAAAUUCUUAAUCUUAGCCAUUCUCAUUAUUUAACAAAGACACCAGACUUUUUGAAUUUGCCUAAUCUUGAAAAGCUUAUACUCAUGGAUUGUCCAAGGCUGUCUGAAGUUUCAUAUACCAUUGGUCAUCUCACCAAAGUUCUACUGAUAAACUUUCAAGAUUGUAUUAGCCUUCGGAACCUUCCAAGAAGUAUCUAUAAGUUGAAAUCUCUUAAAACACUCAUUCUUUCGGGUUGUCUAAAGAUUGAUAAGUUGGAAGAGGACAUAGAACAGAUGGAGUCUUUGACAACCCUUGUUGCUGACAAGACUGCUAUAAGAAGGGUGCCCUUUUCAAUAGUCAGAUCUAAAAGUAUUGGAUAUAUUUCAUUAUGUGGUUAUGAAGGAUUUUCCCGCGAUGUGUUUCCCUCUAUCAUUUGGUCUUGGAUGUCACCAGUAAAUAGUCUGUCUUCUCGUGUUGAAACAUUGGUGGACAUGUCUUCUCUUGUUUCUUUAGAUGUACAAAAUAGCAGUUCCAAUCAGCUAUCAUAUAUAUAUGAGGAACUUCCAAAGCUUCAAAGUCUUUGGAUAGAGUGUGGUUCGGAUCUUCAACUUUCUCGAGAUAUAACGAGUAUUUUGGAUGUUUUAAAUGCGACAAAUUCUGAAGAAUCGGAGUCAUAUGGAACAACAUCACAAAUGCACAAUGUAUUUACAUUAAUUGAAUGCAAUUCAAGAUCAAAAUUGUUUGAGAAGAGACUUUUAAUUCAGAUGGGAAGGAGUUCGGAAAUCACACAUAUUCUGAAACAGGGAAUUUUACAGAAUAUAACUACGAGUGAUGGCGGUGAUUGUUUGCUACCUGGUGAUUAUUAUCCAGAUUGGUUAACCUUCAGCAACGAAGGUUCUUCUGUGACUUUUGAAAUUCCUGAAGUGAAUGGGCGUAGCUUGAAGACAAUGAUGUGCCAUAUCCAUUAUUCUUCCUCAGACAGUAUAACAUCAGACGGCCUGAAAAAUUUGUUGGUGAUAAAUCACACAAAGAGCACCAUUCAGCUUUAUAAGAGAAAUGCAUUAGCGUCGUUUGAUGAUGAGGAGUGGCAGAGGGUACUAUCAAACAUUGAGCCUGGAAACAAGGUGCAAAUUGUUGUUGUUUUCUGGAACAUAACUGUUAACAAGACGUCAAUUUAUCUUAUAUAUGAGGCAAUUGAUGAAAAAGUAGAGCACUAUCAUGCAUCAAAUAUGAAUGUUCCUAGGUCGAUCUCUCUCAAAGUGGAAUCCAUGGAGGAUGCUUCCGUUCAAAGCUUAAUUAAACGCUUAUUGAACAAAUUCUUAUCAUGUUUCUGUAUAUAAUAUGUAGGAUCGAGAAACACACUUGUACAAUGUCACAUUUUAUUCUUCAACUUUAUCUUCUUUACUUCGGUACAGUCCGAAUUCGAGCGAUUGUGAUAAGGUGAAAUUGCCUUGAUCCGAGGUUAAGGGGCCUCCUAUGGAAAAGGAUGGAGAAAUGAUUGAAAUAUUCUUUUUUACCUCAUUCA